CGUUCUGCGGCGUCCGCACCCAUACUGUGCAUGCGCAACUCUCCCUCAUUAUCCUCUCCUACGCAGGUGUGCGCACUCCUCCUCCCCUCUCCCCCUCUCCGCCACAGGUGCGGCGCAGCAAAUCAUUGCAUAUAACUCUCUCUCUCACUCACACCCUCUCUCUCUAAGGGUACGCCGGUAGGCGGCGCAAGUGUCGCGGCGCAGUAUAAAGCGCGCGUCCGCUGUGCUUCCGUCAUUAUCUCUCUGUGCAACGAUGGGCGAAACGCCAUGAACAACGUCAACGUCGGCGCUAGUUGCAGCGGCAGCGCCACCGCCGCGGAGCAGAGGAAGGCUCGGGAAGCCGAACGUAAACGUCAGCGUCGGCAAGCGGACCCCGAACUUCGGGCCAGGGAAGCCGAACGUAAACGUCAACGUCGGCAGGAAACUCGGCACGCCGAAGUGAAACGUCAGCGUUAUCAAGCCAACCCCGAACGCCGGCAGCGUCGAGCGGCAGCUCCCGAUCCCGAAGCUACGAGGCAAUGCGAGUCUGCGGCCAGAGCAGCAACACGUUCGAGGCCAUUACAACGCCCGGGCUUAGACGGUGCUGACGCGCGGUUCAAGCGCGACUUCCUCGAUCGGAGCUUCGGGCACAGCGGCAACGUGUGCGACCGGCUUUGGUUCGACAACAACCUGAGCAAGGCCGGGAGCGUCCAGAACGAACGUCAGCGUAACGCGGCCGUCGGCGUGCUUCGACGCCAGUUCAGCAACAACACCGGCGACUUCCUGCAGUUCGCGGUGUGCUCCGCGUGCAAGGAGGCUCUAACGUCGGGAAAGGUUCCGGUGAUGAGCGUGAGCAACGGCUACCGAUACCCACCGAAACCCGAGCCCUUCCCCGCGCUGAACCCGGUCGAAGAACGGAUCAUCGCACCGCGACUCCCGUUCAUGAGCAUUUAUCGACUAACGCACGGCAACGGACAGUACGGAAUCAAGGGGCAAGUCGUGAACGUUCCGAUCGAAGGGCAGGAACUCGUGCAAUGCCUACCCAGGAACGUUCCCGACGACGCGGUGAUCGACGUACACAUCAAACGAAGAUUCGUAAGCAAGGCUUCGUAUAGGCGCGGUCUCGUCAAGAAGAGCAGCGUGCACGCGUGGCUGCGACACUUAGAGCAAAGUCCUCUCUGCCGGCACCUUAACAUCCAGAUCGACUAAAUCAACUCUGCAGCAAGACCCAUUGACGCUACACUUCACCGACCACAAAGCACCGUCUUCAAGAUACCGCGCGCACCGAGGCUACGAAUCACGUACGAUCUCUAAAU